GGACCGUCAGGGAAGUUCCUAAUUUAAUUUACUUUCACUGUCACUUUGUUAAAAGAAAACACUGACUCCUCCCACCGUUUGGUUAGCAGUUGCUCAGUUCUCCACUGCGCUCAACCUCUUCAGGCUGUAUCCAGACCGUCCGGCAGAAAGAUCGACGUUGGCGGCAUUCACGGGUGCAGAGACUGAUGGCCUCAAAUAUGACAACGAAACAGGAGAAGUGUUAUGAUCCGAAUGACCCAACACUUAAGUUUGUUGAUAGAGAGGAUGAUUUGGAUUUUUUGUGUGAAGGCUUCAAAUCUCUCAGAGCUCAGAUGUCCUGCGGUCACGCUGUGACCCCGACCUCUCUCACCAACUGGUGUCGCAGGUUGUUGGACCAGGGUGAAAGCAGAUUUGUGUGUGGCGGAUCUGGUUGUAGUGUUGAGUGGACUUUUGCAGAGGUUUGUAAAAUGGGUCUUCUGACCCUUCAAGAAACGAAGUAUUUCCGAAGAACUUUGAGAUUCAACGCUGCCAGACAGACGCUUAUUACCGGAUUUUGUCCUAUAUGCAGAUCCACUGUGAUGAGAGAGAAUGUAUCAGAUUUGAAUGUCCCCUGUAAAGUGUGCACAGCAGUAAAAGGAGAGCUGUUUGAAUUCUGCUGGCAGUGUUUGAGGGAGUGGAAGGGUCCACGGCCACGGAAAGACCGCUGUGAAAAUGAUGGCUGCUGUAACGAAUCACUAAAAACACUACAGACCUGCCCAGAUAUCACAUUUAAUUCAGUGGAGGAAGUCCACGGGUGUCCCUCUGUCCGUGCCUGUCCCACCUGUGGCUUCCUGGUAGAGCACAGCAAGAGGAAUUGUAAAUUUGUUGUUUGUCCUCGAUGUAAGGUGAAGUUCUGUUUUGUGUGCCUGAAGAGCAAUACUAAAUGUAUUGAAACCAGUGACUACUUUGGACCUUGCUUCAGUCGUGUAGCUCCCAGACAGACAGCUAUACCUGUAUGGCAGAAGAAAUAAUGAAAAAGACACAAAGCUCAAGUGUGUGAGAUGUGAAAGUGCCUUUUCUGUAAUAAUAUACCAUGUUGUUUUUUUUAAAUAACCUUUUUAUAAUUCUCUGUUCUCUUGGAAAAGUUGUCAAAUAUAAUCAGUGUUGGUUUUUCUUGAUGAGAAAUUUGCUACCAAAUGUGAUCUUUGCAGCUGCAUUAUGUCUGAAUCAUAACGACAAUGAACCUGAAAAAUGUUAUUCAUUCAUAGAUUUAAAGUAAAGUUAAUCAUACAUUCUGUGUGUGCUUAUCUUUUCCCUCAACAUUUAAUUAUUUUAUGUUAACCUGUCAUUGUUUGUUGUAUUUUUAGCAUUAGCUACAUGAUAUUUAGCACUUAUACUACUCGGGUCAGCCAUUUCUUUCUUAUUUUGAUUGCUUAGUUUUUUUCCCCUAAAAUGUUUAAAGAAAUCAAUGUUUAGUCUCUUGAUACAUACUUGAAACCUUGUUAUGCUAAAUCAAAGUAGAAAAAGUGUGUGUUUUUAUUUUCACCUUCAGCCACCAGAUGGUACUGUUCACUCUGUACACGAGUACACGUAUUAAUUAGAGCAGUCACAGGUGCGCCCAGUUAGAGACGAAUGAUUUUUAAAACCAUGCAGCCUGCACAGUAAGUGAACUAUUGAGAUAGGAUUUAGGCAGGUAAUCAACAGCUACUGCCUAACACACAACAAAAGGUUUAUAUAAAUGUUACCAUAGAAUACAUUUGUUAUUUGUCUGCCUGCAAAAUGCCUGUAUAAUAAACAUAUAUUGUUAUUUAUUACUCACAGUAAGUAACACUGCAUUUCAUAAAAAGAACAUCAUACCAACAGUUACACGUGGUGGUAGCAGUGCAAUGGUCUGGACUGCUUUGGUGCCUUAGGAUGACCUGCUGUAACUGAUUAAUCCAUGAAUUCUGUUCUCUACGAGAAAAUCCUAAAUGAGAAUGUCCAACCAUCAGUUCAUCCCAUAAAGCUCACUUGUGUUAUGCAUCAGGACAACGAACUGACAGCAAAGCUAAGUAAAGCAAGGCUACUUCACAAGAGCCCAAGAAUAAAAAUAGAGAGCUACAAAUGAGCACAAUGGGUUAAAUUCAAUAAUCAUUGCAUUUAUUUUUAAAGAAGAUGAAAGCAGAGCAUUUAUGGGAAUCAGCUGGAAAGUCAAGAUAAGUAAAUAUUAGCCAAUGAUCUCAGUAUCACUUUUUUAGGAACACUGAUAUUCAUGGGGCUGCUGCGUAACCGUACAUUUGUUGUCAGCUUUUGUUAUUUCAACUACUAGUAAGUUACACAGGCUAUCAAUGAAACAAAAAGAAAUAAAAAAAAGAAAUAUUAUUAUGCCAUAUUUGUGCAUCAUUUACAACUUGUGAUAAUAAAUUAGUGCUGAAGUCUAUAUGGGUAUGAUAGAAGUCUUAAAAUCUAAAGGAAGACCCAAAAGUGUAGAAGAGAA